AUUAGGUUUGCCCGUUCCUUUUGGUAUUUUUAUUUGCGACAGUGACUCGCUACCUGUAAUCAUUCGUUACAUAUCACACAUCUCUAAGUGUGAAUGUCAGAACUAGGCCUGGAAAAAAUUUGUUUUGUUAAAAAUAUGGCGAAUUUAACACAUAAAAACGUUUGAUCUAUGUAUUUUAGGCCAAAAUUAUUGCGCAAGUGACACUUAAGUAAAAUACAAUAAGCUGAAAGUUACCGAGUGUGCGUAUCAUAUAGGCAACUAAGAAAAUUCCAGCACAGACCUUGAGUGGGCUCACAAACAUAUACACACAUUCACGCAAGAACCAAUACACAUACGUAGAUAAACGGGUUGAAAACGUCACAGCGACCAGCACGACAGUUCCUGAAGUGCUUGCAGCUGCUGUUAGUCAAAUUAGCACAACAACAACGAGUGCGAAAUUGGAACAAAGGACACACAAGAUGGUGAAUGUGCCGCCGCUUUUAUGCAGCACUCCACCCCCGAUUGACUUUGGUGAGGACGACGACGAUUCAGGGUUACAAUCAACGCUGCAAUUGGACGACGGCGAAGCUGACGAAUACUCUGAGUAUGGCUUAGUCACCGACACACAUGACAUUUCGCUCAAUGCGAAAGUGUCCGAGUUGCCAGAAUUGCCCAUAUCAGUAGAAUACAGCGCCCAGUCAGAACCACCAGAUCUGAGCAUUGAACCUGCUAAGCCAGAUAAGGUUGUAGUGGAGGCUUUCAAUUAUCAGGUGAAAGCUUCUGAUUCUAAACUAACUGAGGAACAGGAAAUAUCGAUUUCAAAAGAGAUUGAUAUUCUGCCUCCUGUAGCAGAACCAAAUGAGCUGCAAGUCGUUUUAGAGCAGCAACUGGAGGUGGACGAUGAGGAAGAGGAAGCCAACACCAAUGAUAAUGUGCCUUCCCUCAAACUUGACAGCCUAAGCCUAUACUCUAGCGGAAGUGUUACACCUCCAAGCACCUUAUCGCCCGUAGCUGAUGAGCAAACAACCAAAGCACCCACUGUGUGUCACCAGGUAACACUGGAAGAUGUGACUGACGACAGCGACGAGGAGUGUUCUCCAAAGAAGCCCAAAGAACUAUUUAUACCUGAAGGCGCGCCUGACUUUUUUGCCAUAGAGAUUGUAGAGACGCCCACGCAGCAAACGCCUUCAUUUAAUAAUCAAUUUCCUGAUGCUAAGCCUGAACCUGCCUCUGCGGCAUCCCAAGAAACAGAUGUCAAGCAAAUACCGCCGCUGGAGCUUAACAGAAAAAUCGACGAGCCCAAGCCUGAGGCACAGACCGAGGACGACGACUUUGGCGAUUUUGCGGACUUUUCUGCUGCGCCAUCGGCUGUUGAAGAUGAGAAGGCGACUAGUCAGGACGAUGGGUUUGACGAUUUUCAGGACUUCGCCACACCUGCGACCACGUCUGUACCAACGCAGCUGGCUUCUGAAGACGAUACUGAUGACGAUUUUGGCGACUUUGCUGAGCCAACAUUUGUGCCUGUUACGGCUGCAGCUGCGCCUGCUCUACCACAACCGCCACCGCCAGCUGCUGCGCAUUUGAGCAUCAACGAGCGAGUCAAGCCUGUGCUGGAGAUUAUGUUUCCUAAGUUAGAGUCCAACUGUGCGCAAUCUGAAAGCAACCAAAUACCGCUGGCUGAGACGCAAACAUUACAUUUUGGUGCCAUUGAACAGGCACACGCUCUAAGCUAUCAGUGGUCCAGCUCGGAGAUGCGUCAUUCCCUUGUGCGAUCUCUAGCCAUCGAUUCGCGGAAUAUUCUCUUCGGCGACAAGUGGAAUGCAUCAAUGCCCCGCUUCGCGGCAAACUUAAGCUUUGAUCCGCUUAAACCACUCAAGCCAUUGACUGCUACGCCCGGGCCGAACUCCUCUCAACAAGCGCCAGUCGCCAGCUGGCGGCCCGCCAAUAAUAGUUCUAUUGAGCAGCCACUUCAUGAAUCACAUGUACAGACUUUACAAUUGGAACAACAACAACAACUAGACCAAGUAACGAUGGUGGCUAAUGCUGAUAAAAUAAAUCUUGUUACCUCUAACUACUCCCACAACAUCAACAACAACAAUACUCACGAUGCCUUGGAUGCGCAACUGCCAUUAAUGGAACAACUUAAUCAAAAUAAUGAAAAUAUGACAAUCAACUACAACAACAACAACAAUGUUAAUGAUAAUGCUAAUGCCAAUGCCAAUGCCAAUUUUGUCACACAUUUUGCCACCAUCUGCAAUAAUAACAAUCAUGCAAUAACAACCACGACAACAACAACAACAAACACUAAUUGUACUGCUCACUGCGCCUUGCUGGAUCUUAGACUUGAAGCAGCCGCCGCAGCAGCACCGCCGAGCCAGACUAAAGCGCAGCCUAGCCCGGCUAAUGGGCAAGCCUCAUGCAAUGACGCACACUGCAGCUCCGACGAAGCAACAACCGCUGUGUCCGCCGCCUGUAUUGAUGACGGCACAGCAGCAGCAUCAGUAUUUGUUGCUGCAGCAGCAACAGCACCGCUAUCGCCUGCUCUAUCAACAGACGGCAAUGGACACAACUUCGACGACUCUGGGCAGUUCUCUCAGCAGCAGCAGCAGCUUGAUCUAAGAGAGUCGCCUUCGCCAUCACCAUCACCAACGCCACCACCGCCACCGCCAUCGGCUGUAAACAGCCAGCAAUUGCACGAGGUCACCAGCUGCAACAGCAGCAGCAACAGCAGCAGCAACAACAACAACAAUAGCUUUACGCUGCCGCUCAAGGAGACGCAUAUUUAUACGCCUUCGAAAUCAGACACUGCGGUGGCCAAGACCACAACACUGGCACCCAUUGAUUUUGACUACGAGAUUGCCUCGGCAGGGAUUAUUAUAGAUGAGACGGUUGUCAAAAAGGAAUAUCGCGAUGUGGAGUACAAGCCGCCAACCUGCGGCCUCGACUCGCCUAGCAAGCUAGGCACCACGAGCAAACCAACUGCUGAGGAUGAUGAUUUCAGUGAUUUCCAGUCUAUGCCAGCUAUCAAAAACGUGGCACAGUUGCAACCACCGCGCAAUGGCACGCCUACUUUCGGUGAGCAGAUGAUACUCAGUCCGGCCAUACUUCUGCCGCAGUCAAUUCCAUUGGCCAAGCCUACAAUUGAGUGGGGCGACAAUGCACUGGCCAGCAUCAAUGCCGAUGAACUGGCACGCAUCGAGGAGCUAUUUUCGCAUCAGUUCAAGCCGCCUACGAUAAGUGCCAGCGUUGCGCAACAGUCGCCCAAGCAACAGCAACAAAAGCAGCAGCAGGAAGAUGAUGAGUGGUCCGAUUUUGUGUCCGUGCCUGUGCAACAGCAGCAGCAACAAAACAAAAACAACAACAACGUAUCAAAUACGCAGAAAGCACGAAGAUCUGCACCCAUUUCAGCUGCAGCACAGAAGGACGAUGACUGGUCAGACUUUGUGAGCAGUGCGCCGAUGCCAGCACGCGCUGCGCCCCAAUUUAAUUCGGGCGCUUGGCAGAGCGCAAAUUUUUACAAUAAUCCGCUGAGCCUAUAUCAGCAGCAGCAGCAGCCGCAUACACAUAGCAAUCUGGUCCCUAAAUAUCAAAACAAUGGCAGCAGCAGCAACAACAACAACAACAGCAGCAACAACAAUAAUAAUAUACCACAACAGAUUCACAUGAUGCACGACUUUUCAACAGCACCGACACCAACAGCCAACGCAGCGUCUGCCACUUAUCAGCAUCAGCAUCAUCAACACCAUCAGCAGCAGUUGCAACAGCAGCAGCAACAUCAACACCAACACCAACACCAUCGACAGCAGUUUCAUUUGAGCAAUGCAAAGGUGGCACCACGCAUCUCAUUAAUACCCGAUCUGAGCUUCGUGGCCCCGACAUUGCCUGUCAAUGCGGGCGCCUUUAUGAGUUCGCUGCCCAAGCCCAGUUUUAGUGCCAAGAAAUGACAAAAGCUGCGCAGCGCAAAACAGCUGCGGCCACAGCAGCAUAAGUCGUCGACAAUGUUGUUGACAUCGCCGCCGCGUCCAGCUGCAGCCGAGACGACCAUCUUGACGUAGGCAGUGCGUCAGCCAGUAUUAUGAAUCCGUCUAGAUAUUUUGCUACAUAAGUUUAAAUGAUAUUUUAAGAGCAACUGCAAGCAACUAGGCUCCUGUUAUUGUUAAUGUGCGUAUUGCUGUUGUUUUUGUCGUUGUGGUCAUUGUUGUUGUCGUUGUUCUUGUUGUUGUUAGUCGUAGGUGUAUAGUUGUAGUCAAAGCAAUGCAAAUAUGUUCGCGUCGAAAAUGAACUGUAGUGCAAUAUAUUUUGUAAAAAUUAAUUUGAUUGUAAAUUUUUAAAUUCAUUUGCAACAGUUGGCCGAAAACUUAAAUAACUCAGCAACUAGUUCUAGUUAUAGUUUUAGUGCCUAUAUUAUAUGUGUUUAGACUGUAAAGUGUUGCAGAAAACGUAGUACGCGAUGUUACCUCUACAUUUAGCUUAGGUGAGCUUUUAGUUUAGUUAAUCCAAAAUGCUUUUGAAUUGAUUCAACUUGCUUUCUUAUCGAAUAAGUUUCCCAGACUAUAAAUACUGAUCACACAGCAUCGAUUGUGUCCAUUAAAUAUUCACAUAUAUUUAUGAAAGCCCAGCUUAGCAAGUUUAGUAUAGCCCAGUUUUGACCCAUUACGAGUUGGCUUAAGUUAAUGUGUGAAUAGAACCGAGUCACUUCCAUUUUCAAAAAUUGUCCCAGCCAUUCCAAAGUGAGAUAUACUUAAAGAAAAAUAACAACAAAUACUUAACCCGCCUAAGCGAAUAUAUUUUAUAACCCUGUAUACUUUUAUAGGUGUUUUUGUAAUCUUAAAAUAUAACUUUUCAAAUUCGUUAUAUUUAUUUGCAAAACUAGAACGAAAGAAAUGCUCGCAUUCCAUUUGUAGUUAUAGUUUGCAUUGAUCUCUAAAAAGGAAGGAAAGACAAAUAAUCGAAUUGGCUUCAGAAAUUUUUUGUUAAUGUUUUAUUUAUUGAUUUUCUCUUAAUGUUUGUGUGUACUGAAUGGGUGUAUGUAUGUCUGUGAAAGGAAAACAAUUAUUAUAUAUAAGUUAUUAACUAAUUUCAAAUCGAUGCAGUAGACGUAGACUUAACUGUAAAUUAUGCAUUUCUGUGUGAGCUUUGUUUUUAUUUUGCUAAUUAAAUAUUAAACAAAUACAAUUUAUUUAAAAUGGGUUUGCGGCUUGAAUUCAAAUCAAUGUAUUAUGUGCUACAAAAUUAUAUAAUACAAUUAAUAGAUAAUGUAUAAUGUAAUAUAUAUGCGCAGAGUAUAAUAAAAAUAUAUAUAGUAAAUGAAAAAAAAAACUGUUUACGUUUAUUUGAACCAAGUUUGCGUUACACUUAUAUAAUAAGUUUUGAGGGACGGGGCUGCGGCAUAUAUCAUUAUAUUCGUGUUACUUAGGAGACUUGCUGUGAGACGUGAUGGAGUAAUUGAAACCUGCUUAAGGAAGCUCUUUGGGAGAUGCGUCAGAAGAAAUAGCAAACGCACUCUAUAUUUCUGACACCCUCUCAGUAAGUAGGACUCUGCUAUUGGGCGCUUCAGGAAGCCUCGUCAAAUGUAUGUGUUAAUAGAUGUGGAUGCAAUAAUUAUUUAUCUAUAAAUAUCUAGUCAGGAUUUUUGUUUCUUUUUUUGGAUUGGGAUUGGCGAGCGAGGUGCAUAGGGUGUAUUUAGAUAGCACUAUGGCAGUAAAUAGUACAUAUUAAUUAGCAAUAUUAUAUUUCUAUAUAUAUAUAUCUAGUCCUAUAUAAAUAGUGUGUACGUUUUCAUUAUAAAUGUGAAUGCAAUGUUAAUGUUAUAAUCAUCAGCUUCAAUCGCUUCAACUUCAUCUAAAUAUUCAACAGUUUCAUUAUCGAUGCCUUAACAUAAAGGAAAAACGCUAACAGAUCCAAAAAUAUGUUGAGGAUGCUCUCUAUCCGUUACGAUAUUUUGCACUAACAGUUUUUUUAUAUUUUAUCAUUGUUUUUUU